UCUCAUCUCACCGCCUAAAAAACCUUCUUCGUUCUCCCAAAGUACCUUUUUCUCUUCGACGUCAGUCGCUUCAAAGCAUUCAUUUUUAUUUUCAGGCGGGAAAAUGUCGGGUAAAGGAGCGAAAGGGUUGAUUACGGCUGGCAAAUCCACCAAGGAUAAAGACAAGGACAAGAAGAAACCCACCUCUCGCUCUUCUCGAGCCGGUCUCCAGUUCCCUGUAGGCCGAGUCCACCGGUUGCUGAAGACAAGGGCUCAAGCAAAUGGAAGGGUUGGAGCAACAGCUGCUGUGUACACAGCUGCCAUACUGGAGUACCUUACUGCAGAAGUGCUAGAACUGGCCGGUAAUGCAAGCAAGGACCUGAAGGUUAAGCGUAUUACACCUAGGCAUCUGCAGCUUGCCAUCCGGGGAGAUGAAGAACUCGACACCCUAAUCAAAGGAACCAUUGCAGGCGGAGGUGUUAUCCCGCACAUUCACAAAUCACUUAUCAACAAAUCUUCGAAGGAGUAGUUUAUGUAAUUGAUCUCUGUUAGUUUUCGAAUUGGUUUGGACCAGGAAACCUCAAUAAUAAAAAAUGUUUGCUCGUCUUUUUGUCUUAGUU